AUGGUGAAAUCGGACCCCUUGAAGUAUCUCCUGACGCAACCAUUACUCUCCGGGCGGUUGGCAAGAUGGCUACUGCAGCUAUCCAAAUUCGACAUAACGUGCACAACCCCAACAGCGAUCAAGAGUCAGGCUGUCAUAGAUAGGAUGACUCAGUUUGGCAGGAUGGGCCUAAAUGGAAAGCAAGAGAUGCGCGGAGACCUGCCUGAAAAUCAGUGUUAUGUCAUUGCCAACGAAGUCGAGGGGACCUGGACCUUAAGAUUCAACGGGUCGGCCACAGCCACAGUUAGGGGAAUGGUAAUUGUGUUGAUAAGUCCUUGCGGGCACACCACCACUUUGUCUCACCAAAUAACAUUCCCGUGCACCAACAACAUCACAAAAUAUGAAGCAUUCCUGACGGGAUUGGUCACCGCUAGGAACAUGGGAAUCAAGAAGCUCAAGGUCAUAGAAGACUCUAAUUUGGUGGUAAGACAAAUGAAUGGUGACUUUGCCGUUAAAGAACUAGCACUGGCUCCCUACCGAGCUAUGGCCCAACGGAUAAUUGAGAAGUUCGAGCAAGUCAUCAUCGAGCAUACUCCUAGAUCGGGGAACCGCUAUGCGGACGCACUGGCAACACUAGGCUCAAGACUCCAUUUUAGUGGGGAAAUAGAAAGUGUAGCUGUCUUAAAAAGGGAUGCUUCCAUCAUUCAAGUAUUCGAAGAACACAUGAGGAGGGAGGAUGCAGCAUCACCCGAAAUAGACUGGCGGACGUCAGUAAGGGACGCACUCACUGCACCUGACAGAAGUCUUAAGGAAUUGAAAGAAUAUGUCCUCCUUGCAGGAGACCUGUAUAAAAGGCUCCCAGGCGGGGUCCUUGCCAGAUGCAAAGGGGAAGAAGAAGCCCGAAGACGGAUGGAGGAAGUCCACAAGGAGAUAUGUGGGGUCGAUAUUGUCAUAAGCCUCUACCGCAGGUUGUAA